AUUGCCGAAGCAAAGGAAAAGAAAAUCAGAAAAUUAAGGUAGCUUAGUGAAAAUGGCAGCCUCAGUUAUGGCAUCAGUGAGCCUCAAACCAGCUCCCUUUAGACUUGAAAAGUCUUCUGUGAGAGGCCUUCCUUCUCUCUCUAGAGCUUCUUACUCCUUCAAGGUAGAGGCUAGUGGAGUCAAGAAAAUCAAGACCGACAAGCCAUAUGGAAUUAACGGUAGCAUGGACUUGAGGGAUGGAGUUGAUGCCUCUGGAAGGAAGCCUAAGGGAAAGGGUGUGUACCAGUAUGUAGACAAAUAUGGUGCUAAUGUCGAUGGAUACAGUCCAAUCUACAACGCUGAUGAGUGGUCUCCUUCUGGUGAUGUCUAUGUUGGAGGUACAACUGGAUUGGCCAUAUGGGCUGUUACUCUGCUUGGGAUUCUUGCAGGAGGUGCUCUCCUUGUCUACAACACAAGUGCAUUGGCACAGUAGACUCAUGUUGUAAUCAAGUUGUUGAUGUUGUAAUCUUUGUAUUGUUAUAUAAGCCUCUCCAACUAAACUGUCUAGACAAGAAAUAUACUCUUUAUGCAUCUUUACUUUUUAGUA